UGAACGCCGUCUGUGAGAAUGGGGGACGAAGGCAAUCUCAGUGUGCCGACGUUCGAGCAAUGGAUGGCUUUCUAUAAUGACACAAAGGAGUUUGAACGAAAAAUUGGAAUUAUUAUUCCUUCAAUUUUUGCCGUUGUCAUUGUCAUCGGAGUGGUUGGAAAUCUGCUCGUAGUCGUUGUAGCAUUGAAUCGAGCCAUGAGAAACUCCACCAACACCCUCAUAAUAGGCUUGGCAAUUUCCGAUCUCAUGUUCCUUCUACUUUGUGUUCCAUUCACAGCUAUAGACUACGCUUCACCUGUGUGGAUCUUUCCAGAAUGGACAUGCACCAUGAUUAAUUUCUUCCAGCACAUAUCCGCGUACUGCUCGGUUUGGACGCUUACUUUGAUGGCAUUGGAUCGGUACCUUGCUGUCGUCUACCCAGUAGAUUCUCUCACACUCCGAUCACCAAAGAAUACUAUCAUAAUUUUAGUUGUUGUUUACACGAUAAUAGUCGCAACACAGGUACCAGUAGGCCUUAUGCACGGUAUCUACACUUACACAUUUAUAAUAGAAGAACGAUCAACCUGUGCUAUAGUCAGCAUAGCCACGAAUAAUGCCACACUUGCCGUGGCUCGGACUUACUUUAUCACUUUCAAUGUCUUCGGCUACAUCUUACCUCUUGGAAUCUCUGUGUUUCUAUAUUGGAGGAUGCUACGGCGGCUCUGGGACACCCCUCGUCCUGGAAACGGGAACGCUAUGAAUGGUUCACUACGAUCGCGACCGGAGAAUCGGAGAGCAAAACGGAAAGUCACUCGUUUGGUUUUAUGUGUUUUAGUAAUAUGGGCAUUUUGUUGGUUGCCACUCAAUGUGUGCUUCUUUUUCACUGGAAUUUGUUAUCCAGAGACUUUGGUUAUGAAAGGAGGAGUCAUAAUGGUCAUAGUCCAAAUCGCUAGUCAGGUGCUUGCAUACACAAAUUCAUGUCUAAAUCCAAUUCUUUAUGCUCUCAUGUCAGAAAACUUUAGAAAAGGAUUUAUCCGGGUUAUAUGUACCAUUGGAAGAAAGUUGACAAUGAACAGGUUCUGCUUGAAAACAGAUAAGCAACUGCGGUUGGAGUUCACUACUUGUAAUAAUACAACAGUGAGCACAUCGAUCAGACGAUUUCAAGCGCCUGCGAAGAAAAAGGGAUUCAGCGAACGAACAUUGCUGUUGCGGAAUCGUCCGAAUACAUCCUCGCAAAAGAAGACAUUUGAGAUGACACAGUUUUCACGCUCGCCAUCCUCGAAAAGUUUCAACCUGUGA